AUGGAAUCUGAGAAGCAUCGUUCUGAUGAUGGAGACAUCCCAACGGAUCCGAGUGGUGGUAGCGAGGGGUCAAGUCUACCUCAGUCAACCACAGAUGACUCGGCGGGUCAGGGCAAAUGGAAAAAGACCUCACCUGCGUGGGAGAACUUCACUGUCAUCACCAAAGUUGUUGAUGGUGUCUCGGAGUUAAGAGCCAAGUGCAUUCACUGCACAAAGGACUACGCUUAUGAACCACACAAGCAAGGUACUUCCAACUAUAACCGACACUCACUAGUAUGCAACAAAAUGCCUAGAAAUGGGGAUGUAGGUUCUAUGCUAGUUACUGGACAUGGGAAAUUACAAGCUAGGAAGGUUGAUCAGAGUGUCUUCCGUGAUAUGGUAGCAAAGUGCAUAAUUGAGCAUGAUCUUCCCUUCUCCUAUGUUGAAUAUGGUAGAGUUAGGUCGAUCUGGUCAUAUUUGAAUGCUGAUGUGAAGUUCAUCACUAGAAAGACAGCUGCCGCAGAUGUGUUUAGGUUUUAUGAGCUUGAGAAGUCAAAGUUGAAGAUAGAAUUGUCUGAAAUCCCUGGAAGAAUCUCCUUCACAUCUGAUCUUUGGACUGCAAUAACUGUGGAAGGGUACAUCUGUUUGACUGCUCAUUACGUGGAUAGGCAUUGGAAGUUGAGGAGUAAGAUUCUGUCUUUUUGUGCUAUGCCUCCUCCACAUACUGGAAUCGAUCUAGCUAUGAAGAUUGUAGGGUUAAAGGUGAUGGGUGAAGCUUUGGGAAAAGUCCGAAACAGUAUCAAGUAUGUUCAGGCUUCAGAAGCUCGUAGGAAGCUGUUUAAAAAUUGUGUGGAUUCGGUUGGGAUUGAUCAGAAGGCUGGUUUGACAUUAGAUGUUCCAAUACGUUGGAACUCAACUUUUCAAAUGCUGGACAGAGCUCUAAAAUAUCGUUCAACAUUUGAUAGUUACCAAGGCAUUGAUCACGGCUACAUGUUUCAACCCACGGGAACAGAGUGGAAUUUGGCCACUCAAAUCUCUGAGCUACUUCAACCAUUUGAUGAGAUCACCAACCUGAUAUCAGGUUCAACUUAUCCGACCUCUAACCUCUACUUCAUGCAAGUGUACAAGAUCGAGUUGUGGUUGAAAGAGCAUGAGAACAGUGAAGAAGAUGUUAUUGUGGAGAUGGUUAAGGCUAUGAAAGGAAAAUUUGAUAAAUAUUGGCAUGAGUAUAGCGAGAUUCUUGCAAUGGUAGCAGUGUUUGAUCCUAGGUUUAAGCUAUCACCACUAGAGUUUUGUUUUUCAAGUCUGGAUGAGAGUACUUGUCAACAGAAGGUGGAACAUGUGGAAUCAAAACUCAAACAGCUUUUCGAACCCUAUUCUAGGCCAGCAGCUGAUAUCGCUCCAUCAGCUGGAGAAAAUGUACAAGAAUCAGUGGGUGGAGCUGAAUCAUCGCAGAGCACUCCAUAUGAGGCUUUUCACAAUUUCCGCAAGAACAAUGUGAGUGCUAGUGGAAAGAAUGCAUUGGACUUAUAUCUUCAAGAGCCAGCAGUUGACGUGAUGGUCUUUCCAAGUUUAGAUGUUCUGUCUUAUUGGAAAGACAAUGCUCAUCGAUUUGGGGUGUUGGCUACAAUGGCUUCAGAUCUUCUCAGCAUUCCUAUAACCACAGUUGUAUCUGAGUCCUCUUUCAGCAUUGGCUCACGAGUUCUAAACAAGUAUCGCAGUUCUCUUCUCCCACGAAAUGUGCAAGCCCUGAUAUGUGCUCGUAAUUGGCUCAGGGGUUUUGAACCCUAUGAUAAUGAAUCAGAAAAUGCUGAAACCAUUGAUCAAGCUGAGAGUGAGAUACCUUCAGUUGAAUCGUUUGCUUCAGCAAUGUGA